UCAGCAGCAAUAUUUCCUCAGUGCGGUGAAACUGUAUAGAGGUCGGCUGCAGAGGAUGAUGGGAGGUCGGGGGGACGACAGGCGGCGGCUGGAUGUCUCACAGCUCUCUGUCCACAGCAGCGAUCACAUCCUGGUCCUGGAGUCAUGGACUGCAGUCAAGAGAACCUAAAAUACCUCGCUAAGCUCCUUAUGACGCUCCAAGAGUAGCUCUCUCCUCCAGCUCUGCUCUGAAGAGAGGCCCGGCCUGACCCUGAACCAUGUAACCUGAAGCCUGAACCCUAAAAACCUGAACCCAGAACCCUAAAUACCUGAAUUCUAAAAACCUGAGCCAAGAACCCCGAACUCUAGACUGUGACUUCUGAACCCUAAAAACCUGAACCCAGAACCUUGAACUGUGACCUCUAAACUUUGAACCUAGCACCUUGAGUUGUGACCUUUUAAUUCAAAACCUGAACUCUAAAUUGUGAUGUCUAAACCCAGAACCCUGAACUUUGACUUCUAAACCCAGAACCAGGAACUCAAAACUCUGAAAUGUAACCUCUUCACCCAGAGCCCUGAACCUGGACCUGUGACCUUUAAACCCAGAGCCCUGAACUGUGACUUCUAAACCCUGAACUCUGACCCCAGAACCCUGACCUGUAAGCUCUGAACCCUCAACCCUGACCCCAAGCCUCCCAGACCCCGAUGGACUGGAUGUGAGGGCUAUGAUUUGAGAACCUGCUGGUUUAUGUGAUCUGACCUGGAUUUGAAGUUGAGUUUAUGCCCAGCACCAUAUUGUGAGUCAGAGCCUGAACUUAUGAACAUGGGCAGCAGAACGGCGGAGAAGAGAGGCAAGUGAAACUGGACCGGACUAAACCACCUGUGGAGGACCGACACACUGCCAAACCAUCCAUCCAUUGACUGUGGAACUUUUUACUGACGUUUAAUUUCAGAAGCAAAUAUGUCAAACAGAGUUUUGGGGAAAAGUGUCUAAAAUGACCCACAAGACACUGAGGAUGUAAAAAGCAUGGAGUGUUGGAUUUCAACAUGUCACUCAGUGUAAAUAUUAUACUUUCAGUUAGGGGUAAGUUUAAGGGGGAAGUUAAGGUGGUUGAUACCUAAUUAUUGGACCACUAUUUUUAGUAUAAUCACAAACAGGAAGAGCGGAAAUUAAAUUAGUCGCUACGAUGACGUCAUUUAGAAAAUAAGACUUUUUCUUUCCAGAGAAACGUUGAUGUGUUUUGAAUGCAGGACCUAGUGGUUGUAAGUGGCACUGCACCUUAACGCACUCCAGUUUUCAGCCAUGUUUCCGGCUGCUUGGACGUGAUAAAUAAAAACAGGAACUGACAUGGCGGUCGGUAAGGUGACCUUCACAAAGGUGGAGAGAGAGAAGCUAGCUGAGGUCCUCUGGCUUCUCAACUGGAUCUCUGUGCUGACGGGAGCGAUCCUCUUCGGCCUGGGCUUAUUCCUCAAAGUAGAGAUUCAGAAAUGGCAGGAAGUAAUGUCAGACCAGGGGAUCCUCUACGUGCCACAUAUGCUGAUCACCACGGGUCUGGCGGCCUGCUGCAUCAACUUCCUGGGUGGGAAGAUCUGCCUGGACUGUGCCGACACCAACAAGUUCCUGCGCUGGAAGCUGGUGAUGAUGCCAUAUGUCCUCUGCACUUUCUUCUUCACCUCCUGCGUCCUGGCGGGGGCGCUCAUGUGCUACAGCAUCCGCGGCCAGCUGGAGGAGUCACUGUUCCUGGGCCUGAGGAAUGCCAUGCGGUAUUACAAGGACACAGAUACGCCGGGCCGCUGUUACCUGAAGAAGACUCUGGACUUACUGCAGAUCCAGUUCCAGUGCUGUGGAGACACUGGGUACCGGGACUGGUUCCACGUCCAGUGGAUCAGCAACCGCUACCUGGACAUGACCAGCAGCAGCGUGAUGGACCGCCUGAGGAGUAAUGUGGAGGGGAAGUACCUGAUGGACAGCGUUCCCUUCAGCUGCUGCAGCACCUCAUCCCCUCGGCCCUGCAUCCAGCAGCAGAUCAGCAACAGAUCGGCACAUUUUAACUUUGACCAGCUGAGCCAGCAGCUGAACCUGUGGAGGAGAGGCUGCCGACAGGCUCUGAUGGAGCACUACACCGGCAUCAUGCAGUCUAUCGGUCUCACCGUGCUCCUCAUCUGGCUCUUUGAGCUGCUGGUUCUGACAGGGGUCCGUUACCUGCAGACGGCCAUGGAGAAUGUUCUCCGGCUGGGUGAUCCUGACUUAGAGUCUGAUGGUUGGAUUCUGGAGAACAGCCUGGCAGAAACAGCCCGGUCCAACUUUAACAUCAUCAAGAACCUGGGGAAGUGCUACCAGGUCGAUGACGACCCCAAUAUCAACAUCCCUUCCGCCGCCGCCGAGCAGGAGGUGCCUUCCCGGCAGGUCCAGAUCCCUGUGAGCAGCCAGCAUCCAGCCUGAGGAUCGACGGAUGAGCUCCAGUGACGCUCUGUUUAUCCUGAAUUCAGACUCACUUCCAGCUCCAGGAGGUUCUGAGGAGGAACUGUCCUCUGGGAGAUGUUCAAUGAGUUUCUAUCCUGAGGAGCUGAAGAAAAGCCUCAUCGAUGCCUUCCAGUUAUGAAGUAUGGAAAAAAGUACAGCUAUUGAAGGUCUGGUGCAGUAUUACUACUGCUAGUACUACUACUAACCCAGAACUCCUACUGCUACUACCCACUGAGCAAAGACGUUCAAAAGACAUACACUGAGGAGCUGAAUGAAAGUUUUUGUGACGUCUUUUAGGCGUCUUUUGAACUUGUCUCAGUGACAUCUCACAGGGUACUGCCACCUGUACUAUUACUGCUACUACGUUCAGCAUGUUUCCAUCCUGAGGAGCUGAAGAAAAGUUUCAUCGAUGCCUUCCACAUAUGAAGUUUGGAAAGAUGUCCAGCUGCUGCAGAGCUCUGCAGGUCUGACGCAACGUCUCUGCCUUCACAUGGAAGUAAGAAGAACUGUUUGUGAGUGUGACCAGGUUCCACAAGGGUGUUAGGACAAGCUGUUGUUAGCAUGUUAGCCAUGUUAGCUCCCGCAGUUUAUGUUUACGACCACCCCACCGUCUCCUGUUUCCUCUCUCGGCUGCAACAUGAGAACAUUUCAGCAGCCGACAUCCGGGCCACACUGCCUGCAUGAGCAGCUCAUGUGUCUUGUGUUUUUCUUCAGUGCCUGUGAUAACAGGUUAGAGGAACCACACUGCCCAUGUUGUCAGGCAUCGUCUACAGAACAGGAGUCUUGCCUCUUUUUUCUGCAUGAUGCAUUUUUCAGCUAAAAUAGAGUGAAAAUGGUCUUUUAAUGAUCAUACUGACUUCUUAUCAGCCUUCACUACA